AUGGACCGACCGACUCACGUUAUCGUCCCAGACGGCGAAGUUAUAAUAGUUCUACAAAAUCCAAAUGCUCCUUUUGCGGAACUAAGUGAAGCUCUGACCAGCGACAAUUUUACGUAUCUACUACCUGGACCAAGCGAUAAAAUCCAGAAUCCGGCGGAAGGGAUUGAAGCUUUGAGAAAUGAGCCGAGGGAUACGCAAAAAAAUAGGAUGGAAAAGAAGAAAGGAUCUACUUCUGGCUGGUGUGCUGUUCACGAUUCAUCCGAACCUAUUCACCUCCCAGUUGAAGAGUGUGCUCCUGAAUGGCCCGCGGCCGAAGAACCCGUCGCAGAACCCGCUGAAGAGCCCGCUGAAGAGCCCGUCGACGAACCCGCCGAAGAACCAGAGGAAAACUGCUUCCGUAUUCAAGUGUCCGCGAAGCAUUUAAUACUCGCCUCCUCAGCCUUUAAGAAAAUACUCACUGGUGGUUGGAAAGAAAGCAUUACUUAUUUACAAGAAGGCUCAGUUGAAAUCACUGCAGAUAGCUGGGAUCUCGACGCGCUCUUGCUUAUGCUUCGUAUAAUACAUUGUCAGUCCUAUCAAAUACCGCGGAAACUGACGCUUGAGAUGCUCGCGAAAGUUGCUGUUUUGGCCGACUACUACGACUGCAGGGAGGCUGUAGACUUUUUCGCAGAUACAUGGAUCAACGCUCUGGACGAUAUUAUUCCCACAACAUAUUCUAGGGACUUGAUUCUCUGGUUAUGGGUUGCCUGGUAUUUCCACCUCCCUGCCAAGUUUAAAGAAGCCACCUCAACUGCCAUGUCAUUGAGUAACGGCUGGAUCGAUAAUCUCGGGCUCCCAAUCCCCGAUGACAUCAUUAGUAUGGGCACUUAA